GGGACGCAGCGUCGAGCGUACGAGCAGCCGGGCGGCCAGUGUGCAUCCCGGGACGCAGCGUCAGUGUAGCUGGGGCUCAACUUUCAAGCUGAUCGCUCGAACUUCGGACACUUUGGGAAACUUACAAAAGAGGAAGACAAAAAAAAGACAAAAACGAACGAACAAAAGAUGGGUUGCUUUGAGUGCUGCAUUAAAUGUUUAGGCGGGGUUCCAUAUGCGUCGCUGGUGGCGACGAUCCUCUGCUUCUCUGGCGUUGCCUUGUUCUGUGGAUGUGGCCAUGUUGCUCUCACUGGCACUGUGACCAUCCUGGAAACCCACUUCUCCCAGGUCAACAGCGAUCACGCCAUGCUGACUGAUGUAAUACAGCUGAUGCAGUACGUCAUCUAUGGCAUUGCGUCGUUUUUCUUCCUGUAUGGGAUCAUUCUGCUGGCUGAGGGCUUCUACACAACCAGUGCAGUCAAGGAACUGCACAGUGAGUUCAAAACCACCAUCUGUGGACGCUGCAUCAGUGGAAUGUUUGUAUUCCUCACGUACAUUCUGGGUGUGGCCUGGCUGGGUGUGUUUGGCUUCUCUGCUGUGCCAGUCUUCCUCUUCUACAACAUGUGGUCUACCUGUUCUGCCAUGAAGUCUCCCAUGGCCAACCUCACCAACAUUGACUCCAUCUGCGUGGAUGUUCGUCAGUAUGGAAUUAUCCCAUGGAAUGCCACACCAGGCAAGGCCUGUGGAUCUACGCUAGGGGACAUCUGCAACACCAGUGAGUUCUACCUGUCUUAUCACCUGUACAUCGUAGCGUGCGCUGGGGCGGGAGCCACUGUGAUCGCUCUGAUCCACUUCCUCAUGAUUCUCUCAGCAAACUGGGCCUACCUUAAGGAUGCCAGUCAAAUGCAUGCCUACCAAGACAUCAAAAUGAAGGAAGAGCGGGAGCUGCAGGACAUCACCUCACGCUCAAAGGAAUGCCUCAAUUCCUACACAUAAGGAUAUUACACGCUCACGCUCAGACUCACAGUCCACAUAAACAGACACACACGAACACACACAGACACACACGAACACACACAGACACUGUGCCCAACCACUGUGGCCCCUUUGGACCAAGACAAUGCUCAGCUAAAAUAACCUGCCAACUGCCCUGACACUGUGCAGUACUAACCAGGCUCCUAACAAACUAAUGCAUCAGUGUUGCUUUCUGCACUAACUCACCAAGAAGUGUUUUGGAACUGCUAUGUAAAGUUUCAUUCAUGCUGAGUUUUAUUUUCUAUUUUUCUAGAGGAAAAAACUUGAGUUUUCAUGCUGUCUCUCAUUUUCUCUAGCCCUUCUGAUAACCGGUUUUUGCUGGUCAAGCUUGAGAUGUUGCACUAUUCUUAUUCAACGCAUAACAAUGAGUUUGUUUUACAGUCUUGCUCUGUCUGUCUUCUGAGCUGGUGGGGCCAGUUUUCAACAAGGGAAUGUAUAACUUUUUUUUUUUUUUUUUUGCUCUUUUUCAAUCAAAAAUGCAGAUGAAUUAUACACUUGAAAGGCCUUACAUCCUUACACCUUACAUGCUUUAGUUUGACUUCACAAUAAGGAAACAGGUCAUAUAAAAUAUGCACAACAUUCUGUUGUAAAAGUGGUGGUUAUAUGUACUCUCUAAAGCCAGAGUCCUUUAUACUUAGGUGUUUAACUGGAUUACUCUCUCAAGUAGUGAUAAUUUGAUUGUUGAUUGGUUUCAGAUUCUAAUUUUCACUGAACAGCUACUUAAAAGUCACACAGAACUUUCAUGACCUACAUUAACACUACCUCAGGUGUGCACUAGAGCCUCUGGAACAAUUUAACUGGAACACUUUGUCCUCGUAAAACUAUGGUUUGAAAAUCCCACUUCAAUUGCAAAAAGAUGCCUCAAGCACACACUAUGUAUUUAGCUACCUACAAAGUAAACCUGCAAAACUCACAGUCAACAUAAAUACACGCACACAGACACACACAUACACACAAACACACGCGCACACAAGAGCUCCUUUGCAUCACAGCAUCAUAGUAUUUCAGUUUUAUGGGUAAUCCCAUAAGAAUAAGUUGCUAAAUGUGGACUGCUGCCAGAAAUAAGAUGGAACGAUAUUCAAUGUAUUUAAUAUCUUAAAGUUUGGUCCAUGUUCAUUCCUUUGGGCAAAUGAAAGAAAGAUCCAGGUUUGCCAAUGAAGAAAGCUCUCUGAUCCCUCAUUAACAGUUUUUAGCUCAUUGCUUAAUGAAACAUCCUUGUAACAUGAUCAAAAUUUACCUGAUUUGAAAAUAGUAUAAGACAAGCAGAACUAUUUCCCAAGGUAUAUUGGUACUAUGAAAAAAAGCUAUUGAUCUAAACAGAUAUAAAGAACUUAAGGUGUGAACUGUAAAUUUAUUACAAGUCAGAAUUUUGUGUUUUGUUUUUUUUUAAUUAUUGAAGACAAAAACCACUUUCUUAAUUAUCUAUAAUUGCAUCUUUUUUGAUGUGCAAUUGUUAUAAUGCUGACAUAAUUACCCAUGUAAUCUUUUAUUUCUGUUAGUUGAAUUACAGGGAUAACUUGAUGUUUUUGUUGCAUGAAGAAAACUGUUUCUGCAGCGACACAUGUGAUGUACAGUCAUGUAUACUGAUAUCAGUAGUAGGCAGUGUUUGCCUGUUCCUUUUUUUUCCUAACCGAUUACAAAUUAAUCAAUUUUAUGUAGCUGAUUAGUUAGAUGUUUUUUUUUUAGGUUCUUUUAUUCAAGUCAAAAGUCUAUAAGUCCUAUAUUAUUUUGUUGCCUGAUAGUAUACCUCUAUUUUCUAUGAAUGUCAAGGGCUUCCUCAUUAAUUACUGAUGCUUAACUUUUAAUUCAACUUUCAAAUAAAACUUAGUCGCAACAGCAGUCAUUUACAAAACUGUACGGCAAGUGGUAAAUUUUGCCAAAGUGUGAAUGCCAUUGUGACUCUCUGCCCAGUGUUUUACACAGUAUCUGACAUAUUGUAAAAUCGAACCCGCAUUGUUCUCCACAAGACUAAUAGCCACAGGCGUAGUGAGGCUGAGAUGAAAGAUGACAGAUGUACACGAAGCUGUGGUAUAUCAGAUCUCAUCUAUGUUUCCUGUUGAAUGAACCAAAAACUAAAGAAUAAAUGCUACCUAUCAAUCACCAGAAGGACAACAAUCGAGCAUCCUGUCUGACUGGAAACCCCUCUAUGACAUGACUCAA